AUGAAAGACCUCACUAGUCAACUCCGUCGUGCUGAUAACUGCUGUCUGCCCGGAUGGGGACGAGACAAACCAAUGGUUAAUGAACCUGACAGACAUGACUGCGUUACACAGCCAAUGACGCUCCCGCAUCAAAGCUAUCACCAUCACUGCGCACCUAUGAACUCUUGCCAUGGUAUGGCAGUUAGGCACCCAAAAGGCGUUACAACUGAACGAUUUUUUAUACUGAAGAAACAGAUUUGGUUAUCGCCUCCAAAGCGCGGCUGUGAUUCCCUUAUCAUCCUUAUCAACGAUCUGACGGAAAAGUACCUGACGAAGUCAGUGCUCGGUUCCCUAAGGUCCGAAUCACGUUUGUCCAUCUGCGUCAUUUCUGGCGCCAGGUGGUGGAGAGACCGACGCCGCCGCCAGCCGGAACGUAUCCAGGUCGACCCCCGUCGAGAUGAACACUACGUACGACCAUAUAGGCGGCUACGUUCGAUUCCGUUUGAUGCCAGGUGA